CUGGAAAUAACAAACUGUCAUUACAUGUAGGUUAGUUUGGUGGUAAUUUCGUCAUCUGUAGACGAAUUUAAUAUGAAAAAAUUACUGCAAUAUCACAUAUUAAAAUCCUAUAAAGGUCUGAGAAAGUUACAGUGAAUUUUCUGCCAAUGUGUUCAUAGUAUAGGUAAAAUUCUCAACUUAGAAUCUCAAAUAAUUAUUGCUAAGAGUAAAGAUUUUAUUGCAAUUAUUAACUUAUUUGAUAAACUACAAUAAUUCAUACGUGAUGGCGGAUAUUACAAGGUUGUAGCUCACCAUUGCAACUUGUUCUCACUGCAGAGCACCUGGGCCUUCCUAUUGGUGGGGACGGAUGGCGGCCGGCGCGCCGCUCGCCUCGCGCUGCCGCCAGGAAUGACGCUACCAGCCCGCCUCUCUCCGACUCGCUGCUGCAGAGCGAACGAGGACAAGGAGAACUCCCCGUGCCUGGGCUACGGAGACGGCGCCGACCGAGUCGAGAUGUUCGGCGUCAAGCGGCGCGUCGCGCUGGACGCGCUCAUGGCGUGCUGGGGGCUGGGCACGUGGCUCGGCGUCAACGGGCUGUACGUGCAGCUGCCGCUGCUGGUGGAGCGCCUGCCCGAGGGCUGGGCGCUGCCCUCCUCCAUGACCGUGGCCAUCGCCGCCGCCAACGUCGGCCUGCUGCUGUACGCGCUGCUGCGGCGCGCGCGCGUGCCCGACUCCGCCUGCAUCCACGCGCUGCUGCUCGUGGGGCUGGUCGCGCUCGUGCUCAACGCCUUCCUCUACGCCGAGACCGCCACCGUGCGCGGCGGCGAGCGCUCCGUCGCCUUCCUCGCGCUCACCUUCUUCACCGGGCUCGUCGGCUGCACCAGCUCGGUGCUGUUCUACCCGUAUCUGAGACAUUUCCGGGACAUAUACCUGACGACGUACCUCGUGGGGGAGGGCCUCAGCGGCUUCGUCCCGAGCGUGCUGGCGCUGAUCCAGGGCGUGGGCGGGGAGCCCGACUGCGUGCCGUCGGCGGACAACGCGACGCUGGUGGCCGUGUACCCGCCGCCGCGCUUCGGCACCACGGCCUUCAUCCUGAUGCUGGCCGCGCUGGCCGCGCUCAGCCUCGUCAGCUUCGCGCUCGUGGACCGCUGGCCCGCCUUCAGCGACGAGCGCGUGGCGCCCGCGGCCGUGGCCAAGGACGACGAAUCGGAGACGCGGCGCGAGUCGCUGCUGACGCCGCGCUGGCUGGGCGUGCUGGUGCUGAUGGCGGCGCUCAACGCGCUCAUGAACGGCGUGCUGCCGUCCGUGCAGUCGUACUCGUGCAUGCCGUACGGCGCGCAGACGUACCACCUGGCGGUGACGCUGAGCACCAUGGCCAACCCGCUGGCGUGCCUGGCGGGCGUGUGGCUGCGCCCGCUGCCGGCCGCCGCGCUGGCCGCCGCGCUGGCCGCCGCCGCGCUGCCGCUCGCCUACAUCCUGGCCACGGCGCUGCUCAGUCCGGCGCCGCCGCUGCUCAACACGGUCGGCGGAGAAUUUCUUAUUGUGGCGUCGUGGGUGGCGGUGCUGGGCGUGGUGUCGUACGCGCGCAUGUGGGUGUACGGCUGGGCGCGGCGUGGCGGCGCGCGGGGCAUGCGCGCGGUGGGCGCGGUCACGCAGGCGGGCUCCACGGCCGGCUCCGUGGCGCUGUUCGCCGUCGUCAACUACACCGGCGCCUUCACGCAGGCCCCCGCCUGCCCGCCGGCCCCGAUAUCCAGAGAAGAGCUGCAGGUCCUGUGGCGCGCCUCGCAGGAGCAGGGGCUGCGGGCGCGCGCGGGGGCCGCGGGUACGGAGCUGCCGGCGCACGGGCUGCAGCGCGAGGGUGGCGUGCUCGACCUCGGCUGCCCCCACGCAGACCUUAUCAUUAACGCCGCGUCUGAAUCCCGAGGCUUCAACUACCGUUACACUUGGCUUCUUCUCCACAACUCCACUUUUGACGUUGAUGUAAUGAACAGCAUUUUGUCCGACUCCGCUAUUCUGCCUGAUGCUGAAGUAACUUUUGCCUCCAUCGACAAGCUGGUAGAUGUCUACCGAGUGAAGGUCAACGAGCCUUUCGUGACAACCACUCUGGGGGCCACUAGAGACAGUAACCGGCAAGAAUUCGAAGCGUUGUGGGGAAUUUUGAAAACAACUGUGACACGGAGGAAGAAUUUGAACAAUAUUUACUUGAAAGCUGCUACUACAAUAACUCAGCCACAGAAUUUUAAAGGAUGGGACGACUUGACCGUUAAACAUAUUGAUACUUUUCCAAAGUUGACCUACCCUCUUUUAUUGCUCUGCGCGGAGGAUUUAAAUUUUCGCCUGAAUCUGCGGCAAGUGGACUUGUACGGGGAACAGAUGAACGGUUCGUUCAAUGGGCUGGCGGGGCUGCUGCAACGAAGCGCCGUGGAGCUGGGCGUCACGUCCAUGUUCAUGCGCCCCGACCGCCUGGGAAUACUGCAUUUCUGCUCCGAGACCGUCGAGCUCAGGGGCGCAUUUAUAUUCCGACAGCCGCCGAAGUCGUCGGUGAGCAACGUGUUCCUGCUGCCGUUCAGCCGCGGCGUGUGGUGCGCGUGCGGCGGCGUGCUGGCGGCGGCGGGCGCGCUGCUGGCCGCGCUGGCCACGCCGCGCCGCCUGCUGCGCGCCGACCCCGCGCUGGUGCAAAUCACGCCCGCCGAAGCCUUCACGUUUGCUAUUGGGACUAUAUGCCAGCAAGGUUUCCACGUGAGCCCCCGCGUGGCGUCGGUGCGGCUGGUGAUGUUCUGCACGCUGCUGGCGUCGCUGUUCGCCUUCACGUCGUACUCGGCCAAGAUCGUGGCCAUCCUGCAGACGCCCAGCGACGCCAUCCGCACCAUCGACGACCUGGCGCGCUCGCCCAUGACGCUCGGCGUGCAGGAGACCACCUACAAGAGAGUCUACUUCGCUGAGAGCGAGGACCCGGCCACGCAGCGGCUGUACCGGCGCAAGCUGCUGCCGCUGGGCGAGCGCGCCUACCUCAGCGUGGUGGACGGCGUGGCGCGCCUGCGCUCCGGCCUCUUCGCCUUCCAGGUGGAGGAGAGCUCGGGCUACGACAUCAUCAGCAAGACGUUCACGGAGAGCGAGAAGUGCGGGCUCAAGCUCAUCCAGGCCUUCAAGCUGCCCAUGGUGGCCGUGCCCAUCCGCAAGCUCUCGGGCUACCGGGAGCUCUUUGCAGUGAGGCUCCGCUGGCAGAGGGAGGUGGGGCUGAUAGAGCGCUCGCGGCGCAUUUGGCUGGCGGCGCGCGCGCGCUGUGACGCGGCCGGCGCCGGCUUCAUCAGCGUGCGCCUGUCCGACGUGCUGCCGGCGGUGCAGGUGCUGUUAUACGGCACGCUGUUUGCCGUCGUUUUGCUGUUCAUCGAAAUCGCCGUCAAACGCUCUACUGAUAGGAUCAAACAUAAAUCUAAAGUAAAGGAUCUAAAGGACCUAUAAACAAUUGAUCUUUAAUAUAACAUUUUAUUAAAAACUGCUUGAAUUUUAUGAACAUGGAAGUAUUUACAAAAGGGGGAUUCAGACGGAC